AUGGCAACUCCUUGGCCAAUGAGAAGAGAGAGGUUUUCCCAUGGCUCUGUCCCCCUUGCUAGAUGGUCGGCGCCCUCCUUAAUGCUCCUAUGGUUGCUGUGGGCGUUGCUAUGGCUGCUGUGGCCUACCCGAGCUGAACUGGUGGGUGGCGGGGGACAGGGGGCAAAGGCCGUCCCCGGUUCCUCGCCGUCCCUGUCGUUGUCCCCCUCCUCCUCAUCAUCCUCCUCCUCCUCGUCCUCAUCUUCAUCGUGGGGGUUCAGCACGAGGCAGAGCCGAGGGCAGCUGGACUGGCUGCUGUCAGAAAAAGGUCCUUUCCACCGCUGUCCGGAGUACACCGAGUUCAGAGAGAGGUUCCAGCAGGGAUUUUCUACCAGAUACAAGAUUUACAGGGAGUUCAGCCAUUGGAAGGUGAACAGCCUUGCCACUGAGAAGAGAGAUUUCCUCAAAGCGCCGUUGCCCUUAGCACCCGAGUUCCUGCGCAACCUGCGGUUACUGGGGCGACGGCCAACCCUGCAGCAAAUCAACGAGAACCUCAUCAAGAAGUACGGGACCCACUUCCUAGUCUCUGCUACCCUGGGAGGAGAGGAGUCCCUGACCAUUUUCCUGGACAAGCAGAAGCUGAGUAAGAAGUCUGAGGGCAACAGCAACAGCUCAGUGGUCUCACUAGAGCUGCUCCACCAGCUUGCAGCUUCUUACUUCACAGACCGAGAGAGCACCCUGAGGAGGCUGCACCACCUCCAGAUAGCCACGUCUGCUAUCAAGGUAACCGAAACAAGGACGGGCCCUCUCGGCUGCAGUAACUAUGACAGCUUGGAUUCGGUUAGCUCGGUGUUGGUGCACAGCCCAGAAAAUAAGAUCCACCUUAAGGGUUUGCAAGAUGUCCUCCCAGAGUUCCUCCGUGGGCGUUUUGUGGAGGCAGCUCUCAGCUAUGUGGCGUGUAACUCGGAGGGUGAGCUGCUCUGCCGCAACAACGACUGCUGGUGCCGAUGCUCAGCCCGCUUCCCAGAAUGCAACUGUCCCUUUGCUGACAUCAAGGUCAUGGAGGAGAACCUGAAGAAGAGCAAAGAGGCCUGGAGCAGCUUCAACCAAGAAUUCAUGGAAUCAGAUGAAUUCAAAGCCUUCCUGAAGCGCUUGCCCACCGACCGGUUCUUGAAUGUCUCCACGAUCUCCAAGUUCUGGUCAGCCGACCUGUCCCUCCAGAAGCGCUACAGCCAGCUGGAGUCCAGCACUGCCCUGGUCCUGGGAAAAGCCCAGAAGAUUGUCAGGAAACUGUUCACCUUGAGCAAACGCUGCCCCAAGCAACCCAGUGUGAGCCUGCCCCGGGAGAGGCCUGUAAGGUUUUGGUUGAACAAGGCACAGUCUCUGCUCUACUGCAACGAGCAUGGUGCUCUGGGCUUCUUCUCUGAGGAGGUGAAGAGCUGUAGCUGCCCUGUGGAGCAGCCCUCCUGCCAGGGAGUUGUUCCCUGUGUUGUCGGCACCUCAUCAACCUCCUGCUCCUCCUGUGCUGCCGACAAUGCCACCCGCUGCGGCUCCUGUCACCAUGGCAACCUUCUUCAUUUCGGUUUAUGUCGGCCAAGCAUCGCUGCGUCCCUGGACCAUUAUCUGAACUUUGACCUGGACAUGCCUGAUGCUGAGGUGAAGUAUCUGCUUCAACGUCUAGACAGCAGGAUAGAGGUCCAUGCCAUCUACAUAAGCAAUGAUGUUCGUCUGGGAAGUUGGUUCAACCCUGCCUGGAGAAAGAGGAUGCUGCUGACACUGAAGAGUAACAAGAACAAGUCCAAUCUUAUCCACAUGCUCAUGGGCAUCUCCUUCCAGAUUUGCUCCACAAAGAAUUCAACACUGGAGCCCGUGCCUGCGGUUUACGUGAAUCCUUUCGGGGGAAGUCAUUCAGAGAGCUGGUUCAUGCCAGUGAACCAGCCUGACUUCCCUGACUGGGAGAGAACUCGAUUGGACGCUGUUGUCACGUCACAGUGUUACAACUGGACACUGUCACUGGGUAACAAAUGGAAGUCCUUCUUUGAAACAGUGCACAUCUACCUGCGAAGCCGCAUCAUCACAGAUGACCCUACAGUCAAUGAAACACUCUUCUAUGAACCAUUGGACCUGGACGACCAGACGUCCAAUCUGGGGUAUAUGAAGAUCAACACGCUAAAGGUUUUUGGAUACAGCAUGCACUUUGAUCCUGAGGGCAUCAAGGAUUUGAUUCUCCAGCUGGACUACCCUUAUACACAGGGCACACAGGAUGCUGCCUUUCUGAUGUUGUUGGAGAUGAGAGAUCGGAUUAACCGGCUCUCGCCACCCGCACCGCAGCCACUGGACCUGUUCUCAUGUCUGCUGCGCCACCGGCUCAAGCUGUCAGCCGGCGAGGUGGCACGCAUAAAGGAUUCCUUGCAAAUGUUCAACUCUAAGCUCCCCAAUGCCUCUCCUGAGCCUGAGCUUGCCCAGCUGUGUAGUUAG